UCAAUGUCAAUCAAAUCAAACAAAAUUGCAGGAUUUUGAUUUGAUUUUCUUUCCGUGUUUCUAGAAAAAUAAAUAUAUUUAUAUUUUGGAAUUCCUAAAUAUGGAGGAAGAAAAUCGUGAUUUUGAAGUCUUGGAACCUUCUCUCAGGAAUGUAAUUGAGCAAAAAUCUUUACGAUGGAUUUUCGUGGGAGGGAAAGGCGGUGUUGGAAAAACCACUUGCAGCUGCAGCCUGGCCGUUCAACUGUCGAAAGUAAGAGAGUCGGUGUUGAUAAUCUCCACUGAUCCAGCUCACAACAUUUCUGAUGCGUUUGACCAAAAAUUUUCAAAGGUCCCAACCAAAGUGAAGGGCUUCGACAACUUAUUUGCAAUGGAGAUUGACCCUAAUGUGGGGCUGACUGAGUUACCCGAGGAGUACUUUGAGGGCGAAACUGAAGCCAUGAGGCUCGGCAAGGGAGUCAUGCAGGAAAUAGUUGGAGCCUUCCCUGGUAUUGAUGAGGCUAUGAGCUAUGCUGAGGUGAUGAAGCUGGUGAAAGGCAUGAACUUCAGUACUGUGGUGUUUGACACGGCACCUACGGGACACACACUUCGUCUUCUCUCUUUCCCACAAGUUGUAGAGAGGGGACUUGGCAAGCUCAUGCGAUUAAAAUCAAAGGUGGCCCCAUUCAUCAACCAAGUGGCAACUCUCUUUGGGCUAGCAGAAUUCAAUUCAGACAUGUUCAGCAACAAAAUGGAUGAAAUGCUGUCGGUGAUCAGACAAGUCAAUACACAGUUCAAGGACCCCAACCAGACUACUUUUGUGUGCGUAUGCAUUGCGGAGUUCCUCUCCUUGUACGAGACAGAACGCUUAGUGCAGGAGUUGACGAGAUGCGGCAUUGAUACGCACAACAUUAUUGUGAACCAGUUGCUGUUAAGAUCAUCGGCUCCAUGUGAACUCUGUGCCGCAAGACAUAAGGUCCAGGAAAAGUACUUGGAGCAGAUUGCAGACUUAUAUGAAGACUUUCAUGUUACUAAAUUACCUCUGUUAGAUAAAGAAGUCCGAGGGGCUCAAGCCGUAAAUACAUUCUCAGAGUAUUUGGUCAAACCUUACGUUCCACCAACGCCAGCCACAUGAAGCCUCAACAUAUGGGCUUUUAAGUUAUUUGUGUCUAGUAAAUUCCUUGUAAGGUUUUACUAAAGGUGCUAAUGGUCACAUUCAAUUAUAUUCAUUUUCGAUUAUCUUCAGCAGUUCGACAUUGAUAUUUAUUUUUAUUUAAAGAGAAUUCUUAGCAAAACCUUGUAUAAUAUGCAGUAAAAUGUAAAAUAAAACUCUAACAGAUGUUCCAAUAAAACCUUAAAAUGUGCUAUAAA